CAGGAAGGUGGGGCUGGAUAAUAUUUUGGCACGGAGUAGGGGAGAAUAAGGAAACGCCCCUUUUCUCGCGUUGUAAACCAAUCCGGGUGGAGUAAAAAAAGGGAAAAAGCAGUCUGUAAGCAAACAGCAGGCUGUGCCCUGACUGGCUGUGCCGGCACAUCCCCCCUCCCUUGCCCAAGUAAACUGCAUGCAAAAAUCCCACAUGAUCAACCAGCAGCGCCUGUGCUCCGAGCUAGCUGUCUGCGCCUCCUCUGUGCAUCUACUCCUCGCACACACCAGCUUCCAGAUCUCUCUUCUGACGCACACGCAUGUGUAUGUAUGUGUGUGUCUCUAUAUACCGUGUAUAUAUCUAUGCAGCUGUCUGUUGCACACGCACAUGCACACAGACACCCAGCGCGCUAGGCUCCUAGGUUUUCCUAGGCUGCUGAUGUCGGAUUUACAGGCAGUGAAGGGACCAGCAUUGCAAAAGGGGGCGUGACAGUUUAAAUAUCUCCCCUCUAAAACAUUUUAUUUUUUUUGCGAAACUGACUCUCUCCCCCCUUCCCCCCGCUGCAUUCAAGUUUAUUUGCUUGCUAGGGCGGAAUAUUUUUUCUUCAGAGGGGAAAGCUGCCGGGCAAGACCAAGACGAAGGUUUGAUUUGUUUUCUGAUGUAGUCCUCUGAGGGGUGCUUGUUUUCCUCCCCCUUCCCCUCGCUCUUUCAAACUGUUUCGUCCUUCUUCCCAAGUCGAUGGUUCAGGGAUGGACCCUGCUUUAUUCUAACACAGACACUUGGGGAAGCCGAAGGAGGAGAUUGCUGCUGCUCGUCCUGCGGCUCCAGCUCGUUCCCUGUGCAGAGGAGGCGGCUUGACACCAGCAUCACCAGAGGAGUUUGUGGGCUUUCAGUUUCCCCUUCUGCGAGGUUCGGCUGGUUUUACAGCCUCUCCUAAAACACCCUGAUUUCCAUCUGCUCGCGUCCCGCGCCGCAGAACUGAUUGGAUUGGCCGCUUUUUGUGCCUUUGCUGUGGCUCGCUCCGUAGUGCAUCCAGCGCUCAGGAACAGGAAGGACAAAAACCCACCCCACGAAGUCUCCUCCAACCAAGACACACUCUCUGCUGCAGAGCAGGCUCCCCAACUCCAUCCGCGCAGCAGCCGGACUCUUCGGGGCUCGCUCGCUGCCCUUCUGCAGCGGUGGGGGGAGAGCGGCAAACUUUGUACUGGCUGCACGGAUUCGCCUCCCGCCCGGCCCAGCUGCCUGGACACGUUCCCAGGACCCGGGGGGGGAGGGCGCCAGGGGGAAGAUUUGUAGCUGCUGCUGCUGCUUCCCCUCCAUCCUCGCGCGCUUACCUGAACCGGUUGCAGCUGCCUCCAGAGCCGGAGGGCUGCGAAGGAAGGACGGACAUUGAGCCCCCUCCCCGCAUGUGCCACCAGCCACCAAGUAACUUUGCAAGAGGCCGGAGAGCGGUGCCUUGAGAGGACCCCGCCCCACCCCAGCCUAGCGCUAGCAGCCUCCCGGCGCCGGUGUAUGUCUCCCCGUGGGCUCCGCACUGGACUCCCGGUGAAUGUUCCCCGCCCGCCGCCCGCUGCUGCCGCCGCCCGGCUCGGAUCCCACCUCCCCCUGCCGGGGUGACUAAGCUCCAGCGGCUCCCGAAGGGACCCAAGGACCCCCCCCCCCGCACACCCUAUUGGGGGGGCGUCUCGCUGCCGCUCGUCAGUGCAGCCUCCUUGUGGCCCCCUCCCUGCCCUCUCCGUGUGUCUGGCUGUGACUUGACUGACUGACUGAUCCCCCGGCGGCGGCGUGGGCCGGGACUCAGUGAUGUUGCACGUGGAGAUGUUGACGCUGGUGUUUCUGGUGCUCUGGAUGUGUGUGUUCAGCCAGGAUCCCGGCUCCAAGGCGGUGGCCGAUCGCUAUGCCGUCUACUGGAACAGCACCAACCCCAGAUUCCAAAGGGGUGACUACCACAUUGAUGUCUGCAUUAAUGAUUAUUUGGAUGUGUUCUGCCCUCACUAUGAGGAUUCGGUGCCAGAAGAUAAGACUGAACGCUAUGUUCUUUACAUGGUGAACUUCGAUGGCUAUAGCUCCUGCGAUCACACCUCCAAAGGAUUCAAGAGGUGGGAAUGUAAUCGGCCUCAUUCCCCGAAUGGACCAUUGAAGUUCUCAGAAAAAUUCCAGCUCUUCACUCCCUUCUCACUAGGAUUUGAGUUCAGGCCAGGCCGGGAAUAUUUCUACAUCUCAUCUUCAAUCCCAGAUAAUGGAAGGAGGUCCUGUCUAAAGCUUAAAGUCUUUGUGCGGCCAGCAAACAGCUGUAUGAAAACUAUAGGUGUUCAUGAUCGUGUUUUCGAUGUUAACGACAAAGUAGAAAAUUCAUUAGAACCAGCAGAUGAUACCGUACAUGAGUCAGCCGAGCCAUCCCGCGGUGAGAAUGCAGCACAGACACCGAGGAUAUCCAGUUGGCUUUUGGCAACCCUACUGUUCCUCCUGGCGAUGCUUUUGACAUUAUAGCACAGUAUAUUCCAGUAACCUGUCACAGAAAAUAUCAGGGUCUUGGAACAUCAAAGAUCCACCUAACUGCUCCUCCCAAGAAAGGGACUUUAUAUUGGUUUUGCAGAUGUCAGGUUUUGGGGGGGGGGGGGUUGUUUGUUCGUUUGUUUUUUUUUUCCUUUCAGCCUGAACUAUGAGCAAGAAUUUGAGGGGAAUAACUAGUUUCAGUUUCCAAUCUUCCCCAUGACUUUCCUUGACCCCUCCAAAAAUCAAAGGACUCAAACUGAAAAUGCCAAAUUAUAACAGUGAUACUAGUGAUUCUUAUUUUCCUCUUCAUUCUCCUUUAAGAAGUCACCUCCGCUAGCUGUCUGUGUCAUCUGUAUAUGGAUAUGGAAGAAUAGUGGCAGAUGCAGUCAGUGAAGGAUAAGGAACCUGAGUGGAAGCCCAGGAGGGUUUUACUCUCCAAUACAAUAUUUAUGCCUUCUCGUUCAGUACUGUAAGAUGAUCAUGCAAGGCAUCAUGUCACCAUGUCAGGACUGGAGGGGAAAUAUUAAGAACAGAUAUAACACUAUUUUCUCUAGCAGUUUCUAAAUGAACAGGCUUCUAAAAGGAAGAGACGCUGUUUCUUAUAAGACUGUCUUGAAACAUCAUUGACAGUAAAAACCUGUGCUCCAUAAGAGAAGCUCUGUCUUUAGAAAAAAAUAUUAAUAUUUAGGAAUUUAGCACACAGCAAGCAAGGUCAGAUAUAGGAAACUUAGCUGGGGGUGUGAGUGCCUCUGUUAUUUCCAUUUAAGUGGGUAGUGCACACCAGAUUAUUUUCUUUCAAAACAGAUCACCAUGGUGCUACAAUUUUUUUUCUUGAAAUGCAAAGAGGCAUUUUUUUGUGAAUAAAGUGACCUUCCCCAGGGCUGAAUUAAUAGUUGGUAGCCUUGUAUGCAGCUCUGGGUGAUGAUAUGUUCUAAGGAGAGGACUUUAGUGGCCAGAGGAAACAUGUUUGGGACACAGGAUAUCCAGUGUGUUCUUGAUUUGUCUCCCCUGCAAGGUCCACCAUCAUGGGAAUAAAAAAAAGCCAGAAGAAGCCAGGACAGCCAAUCGGCAUUGUUUGGUGGGGGGUAGGGGGGAUAAGAAAAGUGUUUGAAAGUAAGGAAUACAAAUUGAAGUGUUGAUUUUAUAUCUUUUCCCUUUCCAACACAGUUUGAACAGUAGAGGAAAUAUGUUUAUCAGCAGGAGAUAAACCAGAUGGGCUCCCAAAGACUUCAACAAAAUAUUUUUUUAAAAAUCCACUAGAAUAGAAAAUACAUUAUUUAGAUAUACUUUAUGCUGAGAGUGAGUAUAUAUGCUUGUCCUAUUUAAACGUGAGAAAACUGGUAACCCUUGAUGCAAUUAGGAAUAUGGGAACUGUUUUGUUUGAUAGAAUUGGGGAAUCCUGUUUAAGGAAUCUGAGCAUGGCCAAGAAAGGACUUGAGAAGUCAUUCACCAGGAAAUGCAAGCCUUGGGGUUUCUAUUGGCGAGGCUGCCAUGAUCUUUGAAAUCUGAAAUAUAGUCAGGGAAAUGUGUCAGGCCAAUAUCAAAACAAAGCCUUUCAAACAAAAACUGAUGAUUAUGAUUAUGUUGAAUGUGAAAAAAAUGGAACCGAUUCCAACAAAACAAGGGAUUUUAUGUAUUAGUUUUACAGAAAAAGGUAGUUAAAAAUUAAUAAGGGUUGGUAAUGGGCUGCAUUUUGUGAAUAUGAUAAUAAAUUAAAUUAAAAAGAGCUGCUUCUAGAAUUUUGAACAGUCCAUGAUCCAAAAAAGAGAAAAAGAAGUUGUACACAUGUUAAACUAAAAUCUGGGGUUGCCUGAUACUAUACAGUAUGAAUAUUGAUGCAGAAGCUGCCCUUGAGAUAGAAUCAAGGAAAUUUCUACUAAUAUCGAACACACACAAUAAAAAACCACAGUCUAGACACUGAAAAAAAAUCACCAUUUCAUUACGAUAUAGUCAGUAAAUUUCCCUUUCUCCAGCAUGGAUAGUUGAUGCACAUGCUAAUGUUUCCUUCAACUAAGAAUUACAGAACUUUGGAGGAGGUGGGCUUAAGGAUAAAAAAACACCUUAUAAUAGACAGAGAAAAGAUAAUUUUGCUCGGUAAGCAUAUUUAAAGGGAUUCAAAUUGGUUGCACUUAGUCACUUAUAUUGAUAGUGCUGAUUUUUAUUUUAGAAGUGUUGAAUUUCAUUGUGUUCUAUCAUUUGUCUAUCAAUGAUAAUGAACUCUCACAACCAUAGGUGUAGUUUGACUUCUAUAUUGGGGAGCGGCAGCUCCAGUCAGGACAAUGGGGUUGUGUGAGGAGGGGGGGGAAUUCCAUGUCUGCCCAAGGCUUGCAGUUUUUUGGGGGGGGCAAUGCCCCCCAUCUCCUCCAAAUUAUGCCCAUGCUCAAAACCCACACUUAUCAACAGCAAACUUUUUUUCACUAGUGUUUUCCACAAUGAAAUUCAAUCCUUUAUUUUACCAAAUUGCCAGCGCUAACUAAAUUAAUAGCAGCAAGACUAUCACUGCUAAUGGACAGAC